GGGUGGAGAGAGUGGGGCUAUAAAUGACACAGUAAGUAGUAGUGCAGUGAAGGUGUGUUCUUGUUGCAAACUGGAAACUGCAGAAGAGUGUAUAUGUAUGAUUAGAGCAAACUACAUCACAGUCUACAUAUAACUUCUGACCCAACCUUGUGUCUGAGCUGAAGCACAGCCAGUGGAAAUGGAAAACAUUCAGGAGUUCAUCCCCUUUGCCAAAGAGAUGCUGAGUCAGAAACCAAGACGGGGUCUACUGAAGGUCUACCUGGUGGGCUCUAUACUUGCUGUCCUGGGGACAGUCAUUGGGUUGGCUGAAACCGUGUGUCACCCCUUCUCUUCUGGUGAGCCACUGGACGCAGAGAUGGUCCUUAUGCUGGCCCGGGAGCAGAGAACUGUUGAGGCUGAGACACAGCACAAUGUGGGGGGGCAGGAGGAGGAGGAAGAAGAAGAAGAGGAAAAGGAGCUGGCUCAUGAAAAUGGGGUCACAGCCCAGAGCAACACCCUCUCCAAAACCCUUACACCCAGCCAACGAAGCAUGGCCAACCGGCUGCAUGCUUCCUAAAGUCAAAGAGUGACUUAAGACUUGUGCAACACGCACACAGUUUGAGACUUUAUAGACAGCUGAGUGAGAAGCAUCUGAGCUGCCUGCCAUUCUGUGCUGCUUAUUGAUGAUGCUUUCAGGUGCUGUUGGAAAUGUUUGUUUAAAUGCCCAUGUGCAGUGGGCACACGUGAAAGACACAUAGCAGCCUGGAAGAGCUGAAACCUUCUGACAGGAUCACUUACUAUCAUGAGAGAGAAAUCAUGUCAGCAGUAAUGCAGUACAUGGUAUAUGUGAAGUGUACUUUGACUUGGUUAGACUAAUGGUUUUGUGGUUCCAGGAAAUGGCAGGAACUGUUGAAUGUCACAAUACUGAGGUUUACUUUAAAAAUAGUUCUACCAGAAAACAGAAAAAUGCAAGUUAUAGACAGUUGUGUUCGGUUGGAAACUACAUUAAAAAGUAAAACAGAAAAUUCAAAGUUACAAGAAAUAAACAGUGGCUUCAGCAGACACACUGAACCACUUCUUACAGUGUGGAUUUUUUUUUUUUUUUUAUGAUUUAAGGCUAUCGAUUUAAGAGCUUGAAGUUAGAGAUUUAUGAGAAGUACCUGAAGGUAGCACGGUGCUGGGUCUGCCUGGCUGAAUUAGCUGCUGUGUAGCACCACCGCCUGUUGGCUAGUGGAUGGGUCUGAACUGCCACUCCACCCACGUACUAUUUUCACAGAGGAACACUUGUUGUAAAUAUUAUGCUAUGUGCAAAUACUGUAAAUAUUCAUAUAUGUCUUUUUAUUUUCUUUGUCUAUUUUCCUACUGGUGAAAUUCUUUUUAUUUAUUUGGUCUGGUCUCCCUCUGUCACUCUCCUUCUGACUCCUUUAAAUGUUUGCUGUACAUGUUCAAUAAAUAUCAGUAUUAUGUAUCA